AUGCAUUUGAACACUGGCCCUCUAGUGCUUUUACAUUGGUUUAGCUUUGGCUACGCAGCACAGGUUGCUUCUGGUGGGAUCACUGGUUAUGCAAAAGCAGGUAGUGUGGGGGUACUGUCUGCUGGCCUUCUCUUCUGGGGUUUAGCAGGCCUAGGUGCUUAUCAGCUGUCUCAGGAUCCAAGGAAUAUUUGGGUUUUCCUAGCUACAUCUGGGACCUUGGCUGGUGUUAUGGGAAUGAGAUUCUACCACUCUGGAAAAUUCAUGCCUGCAAGCUUCAUUGCAGGUGCCAGUUUGCUGAUGGUUGCCAAAGUUGGAAUUAGUAUGUGGAACAGACCUCAUCAGUAG